AUGGAGUCAGAAUUUCAGCAGCAUCACUUCCUUCUCCACGAUCAUCAACACCAGAGACCGCGAAACUCUGGAUUGAUUCGGUACCAAUCCGCGCCGAGCUCGUAUUUCUCGAGCUUCGGAGAAGGAGAAUCGAUCGAAGAGUUCUUAGAUCGACCGACUAGCCCCGAGACGGAGCGAAUCUUAUCUGGCUUCUUACAAACCACCGACACAAGCAACAACGUCGAUAGUUUCCUCCACCACACAUUCUCAGGGCAAAACAGUGACGGGACGGAGAAGAAACCUCCGGAGGUGAAGACGGAGGUGGUAGAUAUUCCGGCGACGGCGAUGGAGGUCGUCGGUGGUGAUGUUGGUCGCGUGGUGACUUCAGUGGCUCCCGAUUCGAUUGGGUAUGCUUCGGUGGUGAGGAAUUUAGGUCAGAACAAAAGACCACGAGAGAACAACGAUCGGACUCCGGCGAGUAACCUCGCUCGGCAUAAUAGCUCGCCCGCCGGAUUAUUUUCCUCCGUAGAUGUCGAAACAGCAUAUGCAGCAGUAAUGAAAAGCAUGGGAGGUUUUGGAGGAGGUACUGUGAUGAACACAAGCAACAGUACUGAAGCUUCAUCUCUUACUCCUAGAAGCAAGCUUCCUCCUUCAGCUUCAAGACCGAUGAGUCCCAUCUCUGAGAUUGAUGUCAAGCCUGCUUUCUCCUCUCGAUUGCCUCCUCGAACACUCUCUGGUGGCUUUAAUCGUUCGUUUGGGAAUGAAGGCUCUGCUUCUUCUAAGCUUACGGCUAUUGCAAGGACCCAAUCUGGUGGUCUAGAUCAAUACAAAACCAAGGAAGAGGAUUCAACUAGUAGACGUCCUCCUCUGGCGCAUCACAUGAGUUUGCCCAAGUCUUUGUCAGAUAUUGAACAGUUGCUCUCAGAUUCUAUCCCGUGUAAGAUCAGAGCCAAGCGUGGCUGCGCCACUCAUCCACGGAGCAUUGCAGAGAGAGUGAGGAGAACCAAGAUCAGUGAAAGAAUGAGGAAGCUGCAAGACCUUGUUCCGAACAUGGACACGCAAACAAACACAGCAGAUAUGUUGGAUCUUGCGGUUCAGUACAUCAAGGACCUGCAAGAACAAGUGAAGGGGCUCGAAGAGACUCGGGCAAGGUGUAGAUGCUCUUGUGCUUGA